AUGGAUGCCCAACACUCUGCCUUGCCGGUCACCAUUCACUUGCUUGUCAGUAAAGGUGAUUUUGCGAUAUUCCACCAGGCAAUUGACCGACUACUGCAAAGCCUUUAUGUAGAUACUCCUCUCUUCAUUGGUUUCAGAACAAGGUGCUCCAGUACCAAGAUAUGA